UAUGUUCUGCUGCUCAGUCAGUUCAUCCGGCCUUGCGGGGGCAUGCUGCCUCGAAGGAUCACAGGCUUGUGCCAGGAAGAGCACCGCAAGAUUGAGGAGUGUGUGAAGAUGGCACACCGGGCAGGUCUGUUCCCAAAUCACAGGCCUCGGCUUCCUGAAGGAUUUGUUCCGAAGAGCAAACCCCAGCUCAAUCGGUACCUGACCCGCUGGUCCCCCCGCUCCGUCAAGCCCAUCUAUAAUAAAGGCCGCCGCUGGAACAAAGUGCGCAUGGCUGUGGGGUCACCCCUCCUGAAAGACAACAUCUCCUACUCAAGAAAGCCUUUGGUGCUGUAUCACUGACGGGGCAGAGCUUCCUGAGAACGUGAUCAGAGCUCCUGUAUUCUGGCCCAGUUCCUCCAAUGGGCACGGCAGGCACAGGAGGCAAUGGACCAACUUCAGUGCCCUCACCCUGCCUGGUGACAGCACUGGGAGGGUGGCGGGGUCCCUGAGCAGCAGUUGUGGUCCUAUAACUGGCAGUUCUCCCAAAAAAGAAUAUCAUAAACCAGGCUCAUGGA